GUGACAUCCCAUGACGUAUGCCACCCUCCCGACAUUCAUAUACCAAGUUAAGUAUAUCAACCACAACCCCAAUUCUUCUCAUGCGUGGUACUGUUCCUGAGCUACCAAAUUUCCAUCGUGUACACCCGUGGUAAAGCAUUCCCAUAAGGGACCAAAAACAACCCAAGGAAAGAAAGGCAAAUGGCCACCAUUUCCAUCAACGCUCCGGGAGCAACAGGCUUCCUAUACAACAACGCCUCCGGUAAAGCGCGAUUGUGCAUUUCGGCUGAAACACCGGAUUUCGACACGGAGAUCUUGCGGAACUGGCGUGAUGAGGGCUUCGAUGUGAUCUAUGUUCCGUAUGAUGGUGACACCAGGGAAUAUGUUGCCCGACUGAAGAGUGUGAAGGAGGGACUGGGGGUGGGGGAGAACUAUGCGGUUAUGGCCUUCGGAGACGCUGCUUCAUUUUGCUUGGACUACUACCUCAAACCCACCAACUGUAGUCGUCUUUGCGCUUUGGUCGCCUAUUAUCCCACCAAUAUCCCCGAUACGCGGUCGCGUUAUCCGCCUUCUGUCCGGAUCCUGACGCACUUGGCUGGUGCCACUGUUGACGUGACGACUAUUCCGACUCUGGUGGGACUGCAGGGCAAGAAGAAGCGGAGUACACGGCAGAUUAACCCGGGCAUGGGGACUGGUGAGCGGUUGAACAUCGGGCAUACGGCAUAUACAUAUGAGUAUGUACAGCCCGGGUUUGCAGAGCAUGAUUUAGACGAGUAUGAUCGACUGGCAUGUGACCUGGCGUUUAGUCGGACGUUGCAAGUGCUCCGGAGAGGGUUCAACAAGGACGUUGACCUGGAGGAGAGAUGGGAGGAACAUCUUGAAGCCAAAUUCUUCUCCAUGAACCUAUCUAACACCAUGGAGCCAUACGUGAGCCACGUCAACCCGGCGGUCACAUACGUCCCCACGGUAAGCGGCGGCAUCGGAAACCACGCUUUGCGGCGGUUCUACGAGCAGAGCUUCCUGCGCCAGCUACCGCCUUCCAUGCGAUUGCGGUUAAUCUCGCGGACAAUCGGGGUUGAUCGGGUGGCUGAUGAAUUGCACGCGACAUUCCAGCAUACGCAGGAGGUGCCUUGGAUGUUGCCCGGUGUGCCGCCUACAAAUAAAGAGGUGGAAGUAAUCCUCGUCAGCAUUGUCAGCCUGCGGGCGGGUAGGCUGUACUCGGAGCACGUAUACUGGGAUCAGGCGAGUGUUCUAGUCCAGGUCGGAUUGCUGGAUCCGAAGCUUGUCCCUCACGGGGUGCAUGGGGUUGAUCGAUUGCCCGUGGUUGGACGGGAGGGUGCUAGACGGAUUUUGCAGGAGAAUCCCGAGGUCGAAGGGAAAGAAUAUCACAAUCGACUGAUUCGCAGAGCGAGAGCCAAAAAGAAAGGCAAGGACGGUGUGACGCCUGGAGUAGAGGAGUCUGGAACAGAAUACUUCAAGAGCGAAGCAGAGAAGCCGCUAGACAACGGCAAGGGCAAGGGAAAGACUGUUCAGAAACAGCCAUUGGAGCAUGGACCAGAGGGCAACGAAAGCCACAAGAACAACAACGCAGAGGACAAAGGGGAAGAUAAGGAAGAAGAAGAAGAAGGACAGGAUAGGGCUCAAACGCCUACCCCGUCCAAGGGCUCUGCAUCGGUGGAAGAUGCAAAUGACGAAGAAUGAGUAAUUUCAUGAUAUACCCAGUCAGCCUGUGCCUAAUUAGCGUAAUAUGGGAUAUUUUUCACGAAUUUCACGUUAUUCAUAUAUUUGACUUGCCGCAACAUACUUCACAUCCCCCUCAUCAACAGCAUAGUAAACAUCAAACCGCGCCGGCGUAAUACAAGCAUGCUGACGGUAAAAAUACACCCUCUACCUGACUGUAAGCCUCGCUACUCGUUUACAAUAUACCAUGCUGGCUAGUUUCAUCCUGCAACCCUCAACCCAAAUUUCCCAGCAAAGAAGCCUCCACAGAAAUGGGAGGUCAUGAUUUA